GAGGAAAAGGAGGAGGAAAAGUGGGAGAAGGAGGAGGAGGAGGAAUAAGAAGAGGAGGAGGAUGAGGGGGAUGAAGAGGAGGAGGAGAGGGAGAAGGAGGAAAAGAAUGAGGAGGAGGAGGAAGAAGAUGAGGAGGAGGAGGAUGAAGAGGAGGAUGAAGAGGAGGAGGAAAAGGAGAAGGAAAAGAGGGAGGAGGAGGAAGAAGAAGAGGAAAAGAAUGAGGAGGAGGAAAAGCAGGAGAAGGAGGAGGAGAAGAAGGAGGAGGAGUAAAAGGAGGAGGAAAAGCGGGAGAAGGAGGAAAAGAAUGAGGAGGAUGAAGAGGAUGAGGAGGAAAAGGAGGAGGAGAAAAAGGGGGAGGAGGAGGAGGAUGAAGAGAAGGAGGAGAGGGAGAAGGAGGAAAAGAAUGAGGAGGAUGAAGAGGAGGAUGAGGAGGAUGAAGAGGAGGAGGAAAAGGAGAAGGAAAAGAGGGAGGAGGAGGAGGAAGAAGAGGAGGAGGAGGAGGAGGAGGAAAAGCAGGAGAAGGAGGAGGAGAAGAAGGAGGAGGAGGAAAAGGAGGAGGAAAAGUGGGAGAAGGAGGAGGAGGAGGAGGAGGAAGAAGAGGAGGAUGAGGAGGAUGAAGAGGAGGAGGAGAGUGAGAAGGAGGAAAAGAAUGAGGAGGAUGAGGAGGAAAAGGAGGAGGAGAAAAAGGGGGAGGAUGAGGAGGCAGAAAAGGAGGAGGAAGAAAAGGAGGAGGAGAGGGAGAAGGAGGAAAAGGAGGAGGAGGAGGAAGAAGAUGAGGAGAAGGAGGAGGAGAAAAAGCAGGAAGAAGAGGAGGAGGAUGAAGAGGAUGAAGAGGAGGAGGAGGAAAAGGAGGAGGAUGAGGAAGAAGAAGAGGAGGAGGAUGAGGAGGAGGAAACGUGGGAGAAGGAGGAGAAGGAGGAGGAGCAAAAGGAGGAAGAAGAGGAGGAGGAAAAGGAGAAGGAAAAGAGGAAGGAGGAUGAGGAGGAAAAGGAGGAGGAGGAUGAAGAAGAGGAGGAGGAGGAGAAAAAGCAGGAGGAGGAGGAGGAGAAAGAAGAGGAGGAUGAGGAGGAUGAAGAGGAGGAGGAAAAGCAGGAGGAGGAUGAAGAGGAUGAGGAGGAAGAGGAGGAAAAGCAGGAGAAAGAGGAAGAUGAGGAGGAGGAGGAAAAGCAGAAGGAGGAGGAAGAGGAGGAGGAAGAGGAAGAGGAG